AUGCAGCUCUUCAUUACAGCGAUUCUCCUGACUCUCGGGUUGGCCGUUUCAGGUCGAGACAUCGCGAGAGUCGUUGGAGGCCACGAUGCUGCAGAAGGCGCCCAUCCGUAUCAAGUUUCUCUGAGAUUUCGUCAAGGCUCUCAUUUUUGUGGUGGAGUCAUCAUCAACGAGCGCUGGGUGUUGACUGCUGCCCACUGCCUCGUAUCUAAAACAGCAUCGUCAAUCAAAGUCGUCGUCGGCACGAACCGUCUCAGCAAAGGUGGAACCAAAUAUAACGUCAGCAUGGUGAUCCCGAACGAGGACUACGACGCCAGUAAAUUCGCCAACGACAUCGGAUUAGUGAGGCUCGCUACGAGAAUGUGGUUCAGUGACAGGGUAGCCCCGAUCGCCCCUCCAACCAGUGACUUUGAGCAAGUGGACUACCCCGCUGUGAUCAGCGGAUGGGGCUCCACUAGACUCGGCAGCGCACUUCCCGAUAAACUCCAGGAGUUGGAUCUCGUCAUUAUUGAUCAGGCUAAAUGCAAAUCUAUUCAUAGUGUGGUGACACACGAUCAUAUCUGCACGUUUACGAAGGUCGGAGAGGGCGCGUGUCACGGCGACUCUGGUGGUCCCUUGACAUCCGAUGGCGUCCUCGUGGGCCUCGUAUCCUUCGGCUACCCCUGCGCCUUCGGAUACCCGGAUGUUUUCACCCGAGUUUGGACCUUCAUGGACUGGGUCAAGGAGAAUAUGGAAACUUAUGGCGACGUUUAG